AUGAUUGCAGUGGCAAAUCCCGUGUCAUUGGCGGAUACUGGAAAUGCCAUUGUUGAAGAACUGAAUCAAACACGUCAUUCAAUGGCAAUUCUGCAAGAUCGACUAGUCUAUUUUUAUAAUCACAUGAAGACACUUCAAAACGUAGUCAAUAUUGUUGCACAACAAUCAAUACCAACAAUUGAAAAUGAAAUAUAUUAUGAUAAAAUACACCAAUCAUUAGAUGAUUUGAUAAAUGGGAAAAAAAAUUUUGAUUAUCUAUCUCGUGAUGAACUGCACCAAUUAGUUAAUACACUAUUUCAACGGUCAAGCAAAAUCCUUGCACUGUUUGAUAUGGCUUUAAUGACACUUAUUAAUCGUCUAAUUGCAUCAGAGUCAUUUUACUUUGUGUUAAAUACAGAUAACGGUACCAACGGCAAUAAUCCUAAAGCUCCAAAUGUUUCGGAUGAUACAUACUGCGUAAUGGCAACAGAACAAAAUGAUGAACCAACUCAAAUAAAUGGUGUAAAUAUUAAAAGUUUUGCCAUUAUCAAACUACCUUGUAAAUCUACAUUAAAUUGUAAACAUCAAAUAUCGUUAAGAAAUACGAACUGUCAGUCGUCCAUUGAUUACUAUCUUGCAAGUGGUGGGCAUUAUUCGAAAAAUAAUAAAUUAUUAGAACUAUUGAACAUGGACACAUUCAACGAUUCGAUGUUAUUAGGCUUUGUGAAUGAUGCCAAUCAAAUAAAUAUGAUAAGUAAAAAUAUAUCAAAGAUACAACGUGAUCAAAAAGACAUACAGUUAGAAAUAGAACAAAAUAUACUCAGAUUGCCAUCCAUCAGCAAAAAAUUUGGGGUCUCGUCCUUUCUAUUAAUAUUGAUUAUCGGCGUUUUAAUUAUUAAUAUUCUUCUUAUUAUAUUAUAUGUAAAAUAUUGUUUAAAGAAAUUAUAUGUUAAUGUGCCUGUUAUGUAA